UCUCGUCAAAAUCCAAUCCGCUUCACUAUGUCACUCAGAUCUCCUCUUCGACAUGCGACCCGACCAUACGGUCACGCUGGGACAUGAAGGCGUCGGCUACAUUGAGUCCGUCGGUGCGGACAUCCAAGACAAGGGUUUCGCCGUCGGUGAUGCGAUCGGCUUCAAUUACUUCAUUGGUUGCUGCUUCGAAUGUGACGGUUGCAUGGUACACAACAUGCGUUGUGAAACGGGUAAUCAGAGACUCCAAGGUUUUGUCGUGGACGGCUUCUUUGCAGAGUAUGCGGUCGUGGACUGGCAGAAUGCCGUGAAGUUACCUACAAACCUAGACAUGUCCAAAACAGCUCCGUUGUUCUGUGCAGGUAUCACGGCGUUUCAUUCUGUGGACAGUUGUGAAGUGAAGCAGGGCGACUGGUUAGCGAUUAUUGGCUGUGGAGGAUUGGGACAGUACGCGAUACAAUACGCAAAGGCUAUGGGCAUCAAGACCAUCGGACUGGACAUAAACGAAAACCAGUUGACCAUGGCAAAGAAAGUCGGGGCAGAUGCGGUGUUCAACAGCAUGACGAACAAGAAUUAUGUAGAAGAGAUCAAGAAGCUCACAGGCAAAGGUUGCCACGCUGCUGCAGUUUAUAGUGCGUCAAAUGCCGCGUAUGCUGGGGCACCGGAAGUCCUGCGAACCGGUGGAUUGCUGAUGGUGAUUGGGAUCGCACCUAAGGGCCUUGACUUUAUAAACACUUUCGACUUGACAACUGGCCGCUAUCGUGUCAAGGCCGAUAGCACAGGCAUCCCACAGCGUAUGAAGAAGGCUGUAGACUUCACAGGGAAGCAUGGCAUUGAGCCUGAGGUUGUGUUCCGUAAGAUCGACGAUUUGCCGCAAAUGGUUGCGGAUAUGGAAGCUGGAAAAGCGGAGAAAAGACAGGUUGUCGUAUUUUAGCAGUCGCAGAGCUGAAGUUUGGAGUGGCAUACCAAAGGCAAGGAGGAAUAACUCGCUCCUGCGUCUGAGGCGCAAAUAAUGCAAGACAUCAUGAUUUGCGCGUACUCGUCGCACAUCCUGGCCACUCUUUGGGGCCAUCUAUGGUAUGUGGAUUAAGUAAAUAUUGUUCCGAGAUUACCAUGUCAUUGCGAUGCUUAGUGGUUGUAUGUAGCAUGUAAUAUUGAGAUAGAGACCGCCGCGAGCAUCGACCUUGGAAGUCUAAGAAGUUAGUUA